UCAUUGAUCUGCAUCUUGUCAUUCUCUAACUCCUGUUAUUCCACUGACUUCAACAAUGACAGCGAUUCGACCUACAUGACACAAACCAUAUCCGUACUCGAAGAAGAAGUGUUCACCGAGAUCCCCAACAUCACAGAGGGUUCAACUGAAGCAGAGCGACCCCAUGUUCCUGUCUGGAUAUGGCAUGAAUUCAAGUUCCGCGACUGGUACCGAUAUUUUCAACUGCUUUUCGGAUGCGUGGGUGUCUCCGGUAAUCUUCUAGUCAUCGUGGUUCUUUACAGCAGACGCAAAGCCAAAAGCUCUACCGAUACACUCAUAGCGGCACUGGCAGCGGCCGACCUGUUGACAUCCCUCAUUAUAUUACCGCGUCCAUAUCUGCUAACGACGCCGUAUCUCUGGGUGACGAAGUUCUACUGUUACCUUUUCGGUACCGACGCGCUUCUCCGCACCUGUAUAACCGCGUCAGUGUUCACCCUGACCGCGUUAUCCGUGCAGCGGUAUACCGCGGUAAUAUAUCCGAUACGUUACCGCUUCGCGUUUACCAAGUCCCGCACGGUGAUGUACGUCAUCGCGCUGUGGAUUCUCUCCGCGGCGAUCACAACCUAUCUGGCAUUUUUCGCCUACGUGGACCCCGUUCGGUACCUGUGCUCCUACAAACCUCUUCCACCGGGUGUUCAGAUUCCAAGCGCGGUGGCUUAUCUAACCGCAUCCUUCCUCGCUCCUGUCAUGAUCAUGGUGGUCACCCAACUCGCGGUGGUUCGCCGACUUCACCGAGAAGCUGAUAACUUCAACAAAGAGAGCAGCCGAUCGGAUGAAAGCGAUCCGGCAUAUCGCCUUCGAAUUGCUCGCAAUCGUGUCAUUAAUCUGGUUCUGAUUGUUAUCAUCACGUUCCUCCUCAGUUGGACACCAGCUCAGCUUGGAUUGCUGAUCACGCAGAUCAUCAUCGUAAGGGGAAACCAACUUCUUGAUCAACAUAUCUACUGGAGCUUCGUAGUCGUGGCUUACGUCAACUCGUGCGCGAACCCGAUCAUCUAUACUGCCAGGUAUCCUCAAUUCAGGAAGGCGGUUAAAGACAUGUUCAAGAGUAAACGUAUUGAGCAGCGCCCUCUAUUUGACCAAGACGCAGGAGAUGGUGCCACCAAGAGUACCGUUCUAUCCUCCACGGUAUCCGAAGACAAGAACACAGUGUGA